AUGCCUCCCGUGGUCCGUGUCAUCUAUCUACUCAUCUGUUUCCUUCGUGAUCCAACCUCGUCUAUCACACGAGCAGAGUCCACAGAUCAGCAGCCCGAUACAAGUACACAACCCCUAACCGAGACCCGAAAUGCUAACAGUGAAUUGACAAGCGAGGUGUACAACGGUCGUGUCUCACGAGAUCCCAUUGUGCUUCAAUGCAUUAUUGAGUGUUUGGUAUACUUGUGCCAUAUUGGUGAUUGUCUUCAACAGUUGUUGAAUAAAACACAGAAGACUCUUCUCGGAAGCAACACAGGUCCAGCCACAUCAACCGGAAAUCCGAAUGUGACCGGCAGCUCGAACACCGGUAUGGCUGGCACUGCAGGGGCACUGCCGCAAAGUGGGGCAAUGACUGCAACUGCUGGUAAGGUGAACUUGGUCUCAAAAACAUCCAGUUCUGGUGGGGCACAGAACCCCGGGGGAACCACUUGUGGAGCAUGUACUGCCACACCACAAGCACAAUACAAUUUUGUGCACUAUCUAGUUCAUUGUCAUCUAAUUCCCAGCCUCUGGGGUUUGCUCAAAUCCGAGUGGUCUCAUUUGGCCAGUUGGGUGGUGCCUCUCCUUCUACAUUGUCUCUCACUGCCCGGUGGAUCGCAAGUGUUUUGGCGUCUGAUUGAGACUGAUUUUGGGCAUUCCGAUUGGCGUGUUCGAUUUGAUGCGAUUGAGAAAACCACAGUCCUACUCCGUGAAUUAGAUCCCGUGGUAUUGUCCGGUGGAUUUAGCGGUGCCGCGGGAAUGAAAAUCAAUAGUAUUUUGUCCGGCGGGAGUAUGGCGAGUGCAAGUGGAGUGAAUCUUUUCGGACGACCGGCAACUGGAACCCAUUCUCGAGCUCGGGGUGCAGUCGGUCGUAUGGUUGCUGGCAAGAACGCUCCAGGAUUGGCUCGAGCUCAGGCCUCGCACACGAACGGACACAAUGGGUCGGGUAAGGCAGGAAUGGGUGGUGCUAGUGCCGCUACUAAUGAUCAUCCACUAAUUCGAACCGCUCUGGCUCAUGCGUUUUGCUGUUUGAUUGGUUCGUUGGACGACUCCAAUUCAAUUAUCGCACAAAUUACGUCAACACAAUUGGCUUCUUUGAACAGCACGGCAUUGUUGUGCGGUAUUCAAUGCCUGGAAUUCCAAUUUGACUCAGUGAUUGCCGAUCGAUGCCUGAUUCUUCAGCGAAUGCAUCAGCUCAGUUGUAUCCUACCAGACCGUCAGGUGUUCACGUGGGACUUCUUUGUCAAUCGAUUUGGACUACUGGCUCUACAGGCACAGAUGAGUAACAUGGGACAACCAGAUAUUGAAUCUGGAAAUGCUGAAACGGAAUCAGGUCUGCCGAGAACUCGAUUUCAUGGCUCUCGGAGAUCCCGAAUGUCCAUGGCCUCUUUCAACGGACUAUUUCCGCCCACAAUCGCAGGUGCUGAAUUCAUGGACAGUAGCAAUAAAUUUCUCAGUACCAUUCGAAACGCCCUGGAUCAGGAGAGCCAAGAACGGGACACGCUACAUCAAUGGGUUCGACUAUUGCUAAAAUUCAUGUCCAGUGUGCAAUUCGAUCUGCGUGUGGAAGAGGGCUCAUCUACCGGGACACCGGGACGAAAUCCGAAUAGCGGAUCGAAUGCCAAGGAUGAAUUACGUGAUCGGAAAGCUUUGAGCAAAGCACAACGUCAUUUAGCUUUUCUGCUAGGCUACGCGGACGGAUCAUUUAGCAUGCCUCCACAUCGUAUGAGGAACUCAACAGUGUUCCAUGCAUUCCUAGCACAUGUGGGCGGUGUUUUGGACCGAAAUUUCGGGAUGGGUUCGUGUAUUUUGCACCAGACUUUGGUUGUCCUCCAAUUCUGUGCAUCCCCGCAACGUUAUGCAACCGACUCUCAGCCGCCCACGUUUACUUUGCGUUUACUUGAACCGCAAGCCCGGCUGCAUUGGCUCCAGACUUUGUUGGUUAUCUUGUACAAGUACGAAUACAGUGCUCCAGGUGGGACUGUUCACUCCGGUUUGGGCGGUUCAAGUAUAGUUGGCAAUGUGGGAGGUGGUGUUGGGGGNNNNUUCUGGGAGCAGUGGCGGCGGCGUUGGUGUCGGAGCAGUGCCAUGACCUCCACACCACACUCGAUGGGUGUGCUCGGCUCUGGAGGACUCGGAUCAAGUGGUCCCGGUAGUAGAAUUCGGAAAAGCAGUUCCGAAGCUCAGCUGUUGGAUACGGAUGACGGAGUUAGAAGAAUCACACCACCUGGUGGUGGAGGUCCAUCCAGUUCCAGUGGCCUUUCUCCCAACGUAUCCUGUCCAUCACCUGCAGCCGGUGGAGGUGGUACCGGUGGACUAACCAAUCCCCUAUUCGGUACACCGCAUCAUUACUUGUCCGGAGGUACGACUACCACGGGUACGACUAAUUUACCUGCGGGGGGUACACGAGGUCUGGUGGAAUAUCUUAUCCAAAUCGUACUGAAUACGAUGGAUGCACAAGUGCACGUAUGUCGUGAGCGCAGCGAUGAUGAACCGUUUGAGACUCCCACACCUCCGAUGAGACUGCGAGAGGUGAGCAAUGUGAGUGGUGAUUUCACGACAAUCGUGGAAACUGACACUCCGCCGGCAAGUCCGGUCAAACUAGACGAGGAUCGUCAAGAUGAGGUAUUCAUGCCCGGGGUCACAGUUACUCUCAUUGACCCGGAAACGGAAAGCGGCACCGAUGCCGCUGCAGAACUGGAUACGACGGUAGCCAAGGCGAAACCCGUGGACGCAGAUGACUCUCAGUUCAGUCCAGCACGCUCUCCGGAAUCGGUGGCUCGUAAUGAGUUAAAAACUCAGAGUAAGCGGUUCGAAGGUUUUCGUCGUGGAAGCAAAAGGUCGAAAACCGACUCCAAUCAUGGUCGGUCCAGUGCGGAUACGGUAAGCAGGCCAUCUAGUGGACGAAUUCGCCCGGGUGAACGAGAAGAUUUGCCAAGCAAACAAUUUCGAUCCAUGGACUCCGGUGCUCAUCUUUCUCCGGAAAGCUCUUGUUCAACUAUAUAUGAGUUACUGGAAACAUCCGGUCCAGUUCCACCGGCCACUGUGUCGCGAGAUGAACAGGCGAUUCAUACAUCGAGCAAAAUGUCCGCGGCAGCCGGGGGAGAUUGUCAGGUAGCACGGAACGAGCUAACACUGUUGCCAAAGUGCAUGACAGAGGUGAAAUUCUGUGGUGAAUAUCACUCCAGUUGUGCAUUUGAAACCGUAUUUCGUUAUCCAUUUGAGAAUAUGCGAUUCACAUUAUUCUGGCGCAUCCAUCCGCUUACCGACGGAGAUGCGUUCGGGCCUAAGAGGUCAGCUGAGUCCGGGAAUUCAGUUCAGUUGUCCGGUGGAACGUGCGCCUACCGGAAUAUGGGUAUGAGCAUGCGUGUGUCGAACGGUUAUCCGCCUCGGCAUGGUCGGGCUGUUCCGCCAUAUGGUUUGGGCGUAUGGAAGCGUGCUGAUUACUCCGUUCAAUCUCACCUCAUUCUUCAUUUUUACCUCCUCCUGUUGUUAAAAACAGAUUCUCAGUUGGCUGGUACUAGUGAACCGAAGUCCGGAAGGCGAACCGCAUUCCGUGGAAUGCGUAAAAUGUCCCCAGAAAAGAUUGUGGAAAAAUCCUCGAUCGAGGCCACGCAACCGACAGCUGGGAAAACAAAACCAACGCGUGAAGCAGAGCCGGAAUCAGAUGCACCGCGCGGCAAAUCUUCUGUAUCAGAACACAGCCUGUCCUCAUCUUCUGCGGAUGCCACACACCACCCACAUCCUGUUCAUCCAGAGCGUCCAUCAGUCACAGCAACCCCGGUCGAACCCAGCGACCCCCGUCAAUUGCAAACACCUCGAGGAGAUUCCGGUGGACGGAGGCGAAUUGGAGCAAAAAAGAAUUCCACAUUUAGCUUAGGUUCCGGUGCGGCUGGCACAAACGCCUCCGGGAUGCCAACCCCUGCAUCGUUUGGUCAACCUUCAACGCAAGCAACCGUGUCACGCUCGGGCAGCUCGACAAAUGUGGCCACAGCAGCUGCGACCGCUGCACUCACCACCGAGCGAUGCCCUUGGUGUCACCAGAUCCUCGAACGGUAUGAUGAAUCAACGCUCGGUCUGGGCAUGGUCUGUUUAGCCACAUUUGUGCAUCGGGAACCGAGUCUGGCAGCACCGUAUCUGAGCGACAUGUUGCUGACUGCCGCCCGAUUGGCCAACGCAUCACUUUACUCGUGGCAGUCGAAUCUGUCACAUAUAAUCGUACCCGGAAACGUGUCCAGCAUUGCACGGCAAUUUUUGCGUUGUACCUUAUACAAUCUCGCACCCAAUGGGCUAUUUGUGCAACUGUUCCAAACACCUAUUCCAGACGAACAGUUCUUCAAAUGCAUCAUCAGCGUCCUGAUCGAUUUCGAGGACCACAUGUCUUUUUUCCAACCGAUUUUGUUACUGCUGGAAGCUUUGAACAAGAGAAAAUCGUUACCAAAUGAUACGAUGCCCGUACUUUUGAACAAUCUGGCCAGCUACUUGGAAUAUCUGCCAAAUUUAACGGAUGAUGUGAAAACCAAUCACUUUCUCGCUGCCGGGUGGGCUGAUAUUAUUGGACCGUUGGAGAUGUUCCUGCGCAAACUACCUACAGUUACUCCGGUGCCGGUAAAUGUUGCGGCUACAGUGCGUAUUAUGACCUACAUUCUUCGGUCGCCGGUAGCUUCUAAUUUUAAGACCCUUCCAGACACUUUUGCUGCCGUCCUUCGUCUUGUUGUGGAAAAUGUUCACUUCAAACUGUCAAGUGUGAUAGAGCUUUGCUCAUUGAGCAACCGAACUUUAAAGGUAAGUCUAUUGUGUUUGGAAUUUUGGGUGAUCGGUCUCACUCUGAUUGUCUUUGUGGGGCAUUUUCAAUGUUUGUUCGCCGUUGAUUGUGCUAGAUUCCAUAGAUUUUGUUUGUUGCUCAGCGAGGGAAACACUUUGAUGACAUCUUGA